AUGGGUUUGGGGCCGAUUAUGGAGGCGUCGGGCCGUGUGCUGAUAAUGGCCAGACAACGGGCGAUCCGCUUAGCUCGGGCGGAGCGGAUGACGCCGGAUCCCGCCGCGUCCAGGUGUGGUGGCGUGUGGCGCGAGUCACAAGCGACAAGCCUCCGCCGGCCGCGCGUGAUUCCUGCAACCCCAAACACAACCCUCGGCUGCAGGCCGUCACACGUCAAUCAAGAUAUCGGUCAGAUUUCCUCGCCCCAUGACAAUCUCGACUGCUGCCCCCACACAUUAUCCCGUUCGGAU